AUGAGGGAGCAAUACUGCGAUGUCUACAAAACGUGGAACGUGGGGUUCUUGCAAGCUGGUGUGGAUUUGAUCCACCCAGCCCCGACGACCUUGCCUACUUGGCGAACAUAUCCACCGUACGUUGUCGAGCCCGUCAACGAGGAAGACGGCGAUGACGAUGAUGACGACGACAACGAUGAUGAUGAUGAUGAUGAUGGCGCCGGCGGGAUCAUUACGAGCUGCAAGCUAUGGUUUUUCAAUAUAUGCCUUGGUGGGCGGUUCAAGUCGAUCAGAUGGACCCUCCCUCCCGGAAUCUACCCACCCGUCGGCCGGGACAACAAGCUCACAUACAGCGACGAGCCGUCCUGCCAGACCGAGUCGGCAAAGCUCUGCUCCACGACGGUCUUGAAGUCGGAGACCCUGGUCGGAACCAUCACGUCCACGGUCACUGCCACUUCAGCCGCCUGCGAAACCGUAUACGACUGCUCCUUAACGGACUGGGAGUCGACCACAACCACCAAGGCACCAAUUUGCGAGCCCACGUCGAGCAGCGGCGGCGAAUAUCAGCCGCCUGCGGCCGGGUGCCCGGCUCCGGCCAUCGUCUACCCCAAGGAUCCAGAGAACCCCGAUGUCGAGUACGCAUACUACUACGAGGAGUCAAACUACAACACCGGAUUUCCCUUUGAGGUGGAGGACACCCCCCAGGAUUGGAACCUCCCCCUCCCCCUGAGCCAUCGAACGAGUUGCGAGAGAAAUUUGACCCCCUGA